AUGAUAUUUAACAUACAAUUUCCAAUACGUAUACGUGUAUGUAUUAUUCGUAUACUUGCGUACACGGAAUUCUUUUCGCUUAUUUAUUUGUUUUAUAUUUAUAUUUAAUAUCUGUAUAAUUGAAAGACUGUAUUGUAUUUAUAUAUAUGUACUUUGUACGCAUACGUAAGUACGUAUUAUACGCAUAAAAAGUACAUUGUCGUACAUCUUCAUUUGGCGUUUAUUAUAAUUGUUACUGCGGAAUGGUGUGAAUACAAAUUGUUAUUAAGUAACGCGUGUGAAAGACUUUGGUUUCUCUUUGAUAAUAUUUUUCAACGACAUUUACUUUCACGUAUCGACAACACAACUACAGAAAUAUUAUGCAAAGAAUGUUAAUUAAUUAUAUAGUUAUAUAAUCUGUUAUAUUUGACACCUUUAAAGAUCAGUUCUUUGUUCUUAUGGAAGAGAAAAUUGCCCUUCUUAAAACUAAACUCGUUAAUGAAAAAUACGACAAAAGUUUCACUUUCCAUAUGAUUCUUAUAUGAUAGAAUAAACAAACUAGUUAACGAAAGUAUUUUAUAUUUUCGUAUCAAUUUACAAAAAGAAUAUUACUUUUUUAAUUCUUUUCGUUUAAUUGCGCAUUAUUAGUACAGAAUUAUUAUUGAAUAUUGUACAAGAUUAAUGAGUACGUUUGAUAAUGCGAAUUGAUAAACAUGGCUAUUAAAAAGAUAAAAUACAGACGGAGCAAGACUCUCACUGUAUGAAAUGUAACAUUGAGAUACUGUAAAUUCAUGUUCUUUCUUUUCACAUGAAAAAUAUGUUCCACUUAAUAAAGCACGAGUCUCGUAGAGCGUAUGUUAGUUACACAAGAUCAGUGACAAGAAAACAGAAUUUAUCAUCCAGAAUACAGCUUCCAAGUCACGCAGAUGUUGUGAUAAUAGGUGGAGGUAGUGCUGGUUGCAAUGCGCUUUAUCAUUUGGGGAAACGUGGGAUCAAUGCUGUGCUAUUGGACAAGUCAAAAUUAACAUCUGGUACUACGUGGCACACCUCGGGUCUUGCAUGGAGUAUACGAGGUCCAAGUGAUGUUGAGAUGGAAUUAUUAGGUGCUACAAAGUGCAUCUUCAACUCUCUGGAAAAGGAAACUGGAAUAAAUCCAGGGUGGAUAAAUAAUGGUGGAGUUUACGUUGCACGUUCCAGCGAACGAUUGAACGAAUUUAGAAGAUUGAUCACUGGUUCCAAAAUUUUUGGUAUUCCAGCAUAUUUAAUUUCUCCCCGAGAAACAAAAGAGUUGUUCCCUUUGUUGGAUGAGAACAUUAUUCAAGGAGCAAUUUAUUCUCCAGAAGAUGGUGCCAUUGAUCCGACCAUGUUGAUCAACGCUUUGACAAAAUCAGCAAAAAGUAAUGGUUGUCAGAUUGUCGAAGACUGUCCUGUUACAAAGAUACUCACAAAGGAAACUAUCGGGAAUAAUAAAAAGGUUUAUGGCGUAGAGACGCCAUAUGGAAUUAUAAAAACAGACGUUGUUCUCAAUGCUGCCGGAGCUUGGUCAAAAAAUGUAGCAAACAUGAUUAACGCGAAUAUUCCUCUAACACCGAUGAAGCAUGCUUACGUUGUUACAGAACCAAUAAAAGGAUUGGAAAAUCUUCCAAAUGUUAGAGAUCCUGAUGCGACUUUGUGCUUUCGAAUUCAGGGUAGCACAAUAGCUAUAGGUGGUUAUGAACAAAAUCCUAUUAUACUCCCAUCUGCUCCAGAGAACUUUUCAUUUUGCCUCUAUGAAUUAGAUUGGAACGUCUUCAACGCACAUUUGGAAUCCAUGACUCGGUUGAUUCCUCAACUAUCGACAACUGGAAUAAGAACUACAGUAUAUGGACCAGAAAGUUUCACUCCUGAUCAUAAACCAAUUAUGGGUGAAGAUCCAUAUUGUUGUGGAUUCUUUUACUCUUGCGGUUAUAAUAGUGCCGGAAUGAUGUUAGGAGGUGGAUGUGGAGAACAAAUUGCGCAUUGGAUAAUUCAUGGGCAACCAGAUAAAUACAUGUUCGACUACGACAUCAGAAGAUUUUUACCAGAACAAAGAAACAAUGUGGUUUGGAUACGUGAAAGGUGUCACGAAGCCUAUGCAAAAAAUUACAGCAUUGCAUUUCCACAUGAUCAACCAUUGAGUGGUAGAAAUCUCAAAUUGGAUCCAUUUCACAGUGUAAGAUACAUACUGUUCUUUAUUUCACAAUGUCAAUAUUUAGUGAACACACAACGAACAAAUUGUCCUCACUCACUUGCUCAUUUGUCGCAACAGUCACUUGUUGAGAAAGGUGCUGUUAUGGAAGAAUACCAAGGUUGGGAACGUCCUGCGUGGUUCUUUUCAACUAACAAAGUAAAAAUUUUAUCGUACGAUUAUGGUGGAUAUUACGGAGUAGCAAAAAAUCAGAAUGAUAAUUAUCGUGCAUUGUUAGAAAAGGAACGUGGUUUUCAUUUCUCGCCAUAUGACGAAAUAAUUCGAGAAGAAGCCCUUGCUUGUCGUCAAAAUGUUGUUUCAUUCGACACAUCUCAUCUUGGAAAAUUCUAUCUUCAUGGACCUGACGCUCAAAAUGCAGCAGAUUAUUUAUUCACUGCAAGGACGGAUUGCAACUUCGAUAAGACGGUUUACUCUUGUAUGUUGAAUCAUGCUGGAGGAGUAGAAGCAGAUUGCACAGUUACAACGUUGGAGCCCGGUUCCAAUGGAAUUGUAAAUCCAAUAUUUAAAGGAAAAGCCUAUUAUAUCGUCUCAAAUGGCACGUCAGUUUAUCACAUGAAGAAAGUAAUUACAGAAAAGAGUUUUAACGUAUCUUUGCACAAUGCUACCGAGGAAAUUGGAAUUUUAUCGGUGCAAGGACCCAACAGCCGAAAAGUAAUCGAAACAUUGAUCGAGGAUGAAAUCUCAGACGAAUCCUUUCCUUACUCAACUACAAAAUUGGUAAAGAUUAAAAACGAAACGGUACGCUUAAUUAGACUUAGUUCCGUUGGUGAACUGGGUUUCGAAUUGCAUAUCCCAAUAUCAUCUUGCCAAUUAGUCUACAAAACAUUAAUAGAUUGCGGUAAAUCACAUGGCAUGAAACACGCCGGAUAUCGAACGCUAUAUAGUCUCAGUUGCGAGAAGGGAUACCUUCUUUGGGGUUCAGAUCUCAGAACAGAUGAUAAUCCCAUUGAAGCUGGGCUUGGAUUUACUUGCCGUGAGACUGGCGAGUAUCUGGGAAAAGCGGUUGUUGACCGAUUGCGAAAGAUCGGUAUAAAAAGGAAACUGGUACACGUUCGUUUAAACAAUGCUGUUCCAUUAUGGGGUAUGGAACUUAUUUACAGAAACGGAUGUCUCGUUGGUUAUUUACGUCGUGUCGAGCAGGGUUACACCAAUAGAAAUGCUAUUGGACAUGGGUACAUCAGACAUCCUAAUGGGGAAAACGUAACAAAGGAAUUUGUAGAAAAUGGCAAUUAUGAAAUUGAAGCUAUGGGCAAACGAUACACGGUGGAUCACUGUUACUGAAAUAUGUUUAAUCUUCUUGAUGAAAUACCGUUCCAGGAUACACGAAUAAAUACGAUUUGCAAGUUUGAAAGAUUUUAAAAAAUUAAACUUCCUAUUUACAUCUACCCUGCUAAUGGAUUGGCAUGUAUAGUUACACUAUUUAUUCGAGUUUCUGUAAGAGGCCUGUAAUUUUUAGGAUUUAUUGGCAAUUUUUCCAACUGUUCAAGAGUUUCCAAACCAUCUAUUACCCUGAAAGCAACAAAAAAUUCAUUCAUUAAACGAGUCAAAUUCAACAGGUUUAAAUAUUAAAAUAAAUUGGAGAACAAGCAUAUUUACUUUCCAAAUAAAGUGUACUUCA